AUGGGCCAGGUGGAGGAGGCAGCAGAGGACCUCCCAGAAGAGCCCACCCAGGACCAGGAGGCAUCAGAGACUGAAGAGCAAUACGAUGAUGGGAGCAGGCCAGGAUCCCCACUGGAGGAAGAUCCUGUCCCUGUCCCAUCCAGGUCUCCAGUCCCUGGUCCUUCAACCCCUGCUGCUGCUGCACCAACACCCACUCCCAUAGGAAAAAGGAGGCGGCCACAACCCCGGGCAGAGCCAACGGCGGUGGAGCAGGCCAUUUUAUUCGCCCUGAAAGAGCGCCCUGUCCCUCCACCAACGGCCACCCGGGAGUUUAGCCACAUAGAGUAUUACCUCCUGAGUCUUGCUCCUUCCCUGGAGAGACUGUCCUUCUAUGACCUAGAGAAAAUCAAAGCCCGCCAUGCUGAGUUGAACAACAACCGGAACCGGCAACUGGCCAUAAGCUCCUCCUAUUGGAUGACGCGGCGAGGCGAAAUCAAGACGAAAAUCCUCAGGCGAACAGAGCGAGUAAUCGCCGCGAUAGAAGCGAGUGUCAUCAAAUAUUCAAGCGAAAAACGCCUGGCGUUUGAUGCGAUUUUUUCGCCUCCAUCGCGAUCGGUCUGA